GGGGCCCCAGGGAGGUCAGUGGAUGACUUAAAUGAUUUGAAGUUGGUUCCCAGGUUUAAUGAGAAGGAUCCGGAAUUUUUUUUUCAAUGUUUGAACGUCUCGCAGGUGUAAGGGGGUGGUCUGAGGCCACUCGCGUGUUAUUGUUACAGUGUGUGUUAACCGGGAGGGCUCAGGAGGCUUAUUCAUCUUUAAGUGCCAGUGACUAUUUGCGCUAUGAUUUAGUUAAAUCUGCCGUUCUCAGGGCUUACGAGCUGGUGCCUGAAGCUUAUCGUCAGCGGUUUAGGAAUUGGAAGAGAGGUGUUAAAUCUCACCUCGAGUUUGCUCGGGAUAUUUCCACUCAUUUCGAUCGCUGGUGUGCGGCAACUGACGUUGAUUCUCACGGGGCGUUGAGGGAUCUCGUUAUUUUGGAGCAAUUCAAAAAUUCUGUACCGGAGCACAUUGCAGUGUAUAUUAGUGAGCACGCAGUCAGGACAGCUGCUGAAGCUGCUGCGUUAGCAGAAGACUAUGUUCUGACACACGUUGGUGGAGGUGCUGCCAUACAAGGCAGUCACGGUGGAAAUUCCUCGGGUGUGGGAGCGUGGCCUGGUCGUCCAGUGAGACCUGCUGGGCAGGACAGUGGGUAUGUACGUGGUGCACGUGAGCCUGACAAUGUGUGUCAUUACUGUCAUGAGCGAGGGCACUGGAGAAAAGACUGCAAUGCAUUUAGGGCUAAAGCUGAGCAGGAAGGGACUAGUGGUAGUCCCAGGCCAGCAAUGUUCGUGGCACCUGUCGCUGAGCAGGUGACUGGGUGUUUAGACGGUGAGUUGAAACCACAGGGGUCGAGCCCAGAACUACAGUCUUAUUUGCCUUUCAUGACUGAGGGGUUUGUUUCUCUGGUGGGGAGUGAUGAGAAGGUGCGGGUGAAACUAUUACGAGACACUGGAUCAUUUGAUUCGUUCAUUUUGGCAUCUGCCUUACCAUUGUCAGAGGACACAUACAUGGGGUUGUACAUUCCGACAGUUGGAAUCGGAUUAAAUGUUCUUCAGGUGCCUAUCCAUAAAAUGAUGCUGUGUUCGGAUCUGUUUCAGGGUGAAGUAGCGGUUGGCGUGCGGCCCGCUCUGCCCAUAGAUGGGGUCACGAUGAUCCUGGGUAACGACAUUGCAGGUAGUCGUGUGUGGGCUGAUGGGGCACCUCCUGCUAUUAUGGCGCUAGUGCCCCUGGUUAGUAUUAAGCCAGACAAGAGCGAAACUGAGUGUUUAAAGCAUGCGCAGUGACACAGGGAAUGAAACGUGGGCAGACAGAGGUCAUGAGCACAGCUGAAAUCGAUAAGGCCUCACCUCAGCAUGGGGUGACGUGUCUCGAGAUUCCCUGGUCGGUUUCUCACGCUGAGCUGUGUUGUGGGCGCCAUGUUCUUUGUGGGGUGUUUUCGUUUGUGUGUAGGUACCAGGGUUCCGAUGGGGACCCUGAUUUUAUGGGGGGGGCUGUGACGGCCCCAGAGCCUGUGUGCAGGUGUGUUACAGGUCUUACGGUGGGGUGGAGCUGAAGAGGCCAAUCAGCGCGAUCGCGGACACCUGGCCGGAGCCGAGGUGCCAUUAAGCCCAGCUGCCCGGAGUCACAUGGCGGCCCUGACUCUCUCCAAGCCGGCCGCAGGAGGAGUAACACGGCGAUCCUCUCCCCUCGUCCAUCCAUCUUGUACUUUAUACUGAACAACCGCAAUAAAUGUGCCGUGGUUUUUGGAAACUCGUGCACUUCUUGUCAUCUUUCCGUUGUGGCCUACGAGCUGGUCAUAACAGUGCAUAAAUAUUAAGACUAAUUUAUUUGGAAUCCCCAAAGUAAGCCACUGGCCCCUGCUAUGCUUUAGUUAAUGCCAUAUUGUAGUCCAUACAUAAUAAUUAUGAGAAACUAAUCGGGAGAAUACAUUCACAUCAGUUUUUCUUCCAAAUCCAGGUUUGAUUGAUUUGCUUUUUUAUUAGAUCCCUUGCUUCCUGUGGUCAUCAUUUCGAAGGGCUUUAAUGGUCGUAAAGACGAUAAGAACGCAGUAUAAAUUCAAUCAAUUUACCAUUCUUUCAGCUUCACUAACACGAUUCAAUAAAUUAAUGUAAUCCUCAACUUUUACUAUCUGAUUUGGAUCAUAAU